AUGUCCAACUCGAGAUGGGCUGGAUACCGUAAGUGUUCUUUCUUUCUGUUCUCAACAUCAUUACCAUUUGCAGAACAAGCCACUCAAGCACCAACACUGAACCGUCAGUUUGACACCCAAUCAAACUUCCUUCAAGCCGACAGCUUCGUCCGAAGCGGACUCGUCGGACAACAAGUCAACAGUCAGUUUUCCCUCUGAAAGUCUGAAAUGAUGAUGUUCGAACUUUUUCAGCGAUUGACCCGUCGUUCUACGACUGCAUCUACGGAAUCGCAAACAGCGCGAACACGGUCAUCGAGCGCUGCUACAAGGACAUCGGAUGCUGUAACGAUGGUUGCUGCAAGAAUGGAUAUUGGUACGUUCUCUCUUCUUGCUCACCUCACCCCCAUUACCAAUUCCUUGCAGGCACAACCGUUACGGAUGGGCGGUGGCUCUGAUCGUCAUCUUCUGCGCGCUCGUCAUCAUCGCUUUCGUCAUCUGGCUCGUCGUUUGGCUUUUCAACCGCUCCAAGGACAAGCAGCAGAAGCGCGAGCUCUACGAGCACUACGAGGAGAACAACUAUUCUGGAGUAAGUGAAAAACGGUAGAUCGAUAACUGUUACCCACAAAUAUUUGAUCUCCCACUCUCUCUUCCCCCCAACUUUUUCCCAACCCAAGCAAACAAGAUGGUCGCUCGCCGAGCAAGUUGAGUCACUUCCUCCUUAAGAUUAAACGAGAAAGAGUGUAUCUUUUUGUUUUUAUCCGUAAAUAUAAGUUGUUGAAAAGCAAAAAGCAAACAGGUAGUUGUUACAAAUAAGGAAGGGAAAGCGGAGAAACAAGCGACGGAUUAUCUAGUAAGGGAAUUAGAGUCACUGUAUAUUUACCUUGUAUCUAUUUUCAUGUACUGUGCCAGCCACAUUUCAGUAUGUGUACCUUUUCUUGCACCUUUUCCUGGAGCAAACCGGUUGGGGUCACGUAUCAAUAUUUGCGUGAUUUCUUCUCUUCCUCCUCCUCGGGCGCAUCUUCUUUUCUCGAAAAAACCAGUCCCACUACCGUAACCUCGAUCGUUUCAGCUGCCAACUCCACAACCGACGCCGACCCACUUCCCAGCCGAACAAUACUCGUACGAUCCGGCAAGAGACCGCGACAACUACCGAUACUAA